GGAAAGAGAUUCUUGGAACCUCUGUCCGUUCAGACUGAGCUGAGCUGUUUUCUGCCCUGAAUAAAAAAGCACACACACUCUCCACACUCUCCACUCCCACUCUGCUUGUCAGCAGACACACACACUCACACACACACUGAGGUUAUUUGCUCUCAUUUCUUUAUUCAGCUUUGCUCCCACAACAAGACACAAAUCAAUUUUUCUUAUUUACAUUUUUGAUGGAUCAUGUCCUGGACUGUUUUUAACCCGGUCAACAAUCCCCAUGAUUCUGUUUGAUUUAAGAAAUGGUCGCACGAGCAGAGGCUGUUUCACAUCAUGAGGAGCGUGAAGGUUCCUGCUGUCCGUAUCCUUCUCCUGCAUGCUGGGACCCAGCAGAGGACCUCCGCUGUGUCACCAGCACCCUGCACCAUCUACAGACCUCAGGCUGGUACUGGGGUUCCAUCUCAGCGAGUGAGGCGCGGGAAGCUCUCCUGGCCAAGUCUGAGGGAACAUUCCUGGUGCGGGACAGCAGCCACCCUCGCUAUAUCCUGGCGCUGUCGGUGAAAACACGCAGUGGACCUACAAGUGUGAGGAUAGAGUACAGGCGGGGCUGUUUCUGGCUGGACUCCGUCUCUCCUGGUUUGCCCCACCUGCAGUCCUUCCCGAAUGUCCUCAGCCUCAUACAGCACUACAAGAGCUCACAGGAGCAGGCAGCUAACGACAUUCGCUCCGAACUAAAACCGGACCCUGUCGAUGGAGUCCCUUUGCAGCUGACGCAACCUUUACACAAACCUGAGGCCUUUCCUUCGCUGCAGCACCUGGUACGCCUCACCAUCAACAGCCACACAAACUGCCCAAAGCAUCUGCCACUUCCAAAGCCUCUGCUGCACUACCUGCAGGACUAUCCCUUCCACAUAUGAGGGACCCCCUCAUAGAGGCCCUCAGAC